UAUGUGAGCCCUUGAAAAUCUGAUUAAAAAAGAAAAAAGAAAAACAGAGAGGAAACAAAACUGGUGGAGAGGCACAUCAUCCACUCACUAUCCUUCGAAUUGAAUUCCAUCCCGAAAGAAAAAGAAGGAAUGGAUCUAGAAUCGGUGAAACGUUAUCUAGAAGGGGAUGGAGAAGAAGAGAAGAAGACAAAAGUGGCGAAUUUGCCACACAGAUUCCUGGAGAGAUUCGUAACGAAUGGUCUCAAAGUGGAUCUCAUCGAGCCUGGCCGUCUCAUUUGCUCCAUGAAAGUCCCUCCUCAUCUCCUCAACGCAGGGAGUUUCUUACACGGGGGAGCAACGGCGACUCUGGUGGAUUUGAUUGGAUCUGCUGUCAUUUAUACAGCCGCCGGAGUUACUCAUUCUGGUGUUUCUGUCGAGAUCAAUGUCUCUUACCUUGAUGCUGCUUUUCUCCAUGAAGAGAUAGAGAUAGAAUCAAGAGCAUUGCGUGUUGGUAAAGCUGUUGCAGUUGUUAGUGUUGAGCUGAGGAAGAAGAAGACUGGUAAGAUCAUUGCUCAAGGUCGCCAUACCAAGUACUUUGCUCCUCGUUCCAACCUUUGAUCAUUACUUACUCCUAUUUUUUCUAUAUUCAAGAACAAUUCAUUUGCAUAAUUUAUCUUUCUUAAAUAAAUUGUUCGGUUUGUUUUAGUCUGUGAGAGAUCGAGGAUCAAUCAUGAGGUUUCCACUCCUUGUGUGAGAUUUACCCCCUCCCUUAGCUAGGAUCCUCCUAUGUGCAAAUAAAACCAAGUGAUGAUCUAUGUGUUUUUGUACUCUUUUUUCAUAAUAAUAAUACAAAAGUAUUUUGAACUAGAAGAUUACAUUA